AUGGCGACCGUCAUCGCGGGUAUCAUGACCGUGACCGUCGAGCUUCGCGAGUCCGCGGACGUUCGCCAGAAGGCGAAGACGUCCGUCCAGCGCGUCGUGGAGAACGUCAUCAACUUCGACGAGUCCAUGAAAUUCAACGUCCCCGCGUCAUACGCCGGCGAGUUCCGCAUACAGCUGUACAAGCAGAAGGAGAGCGUCAUGGGCGGCAAAGCCGUCGUCGCCAACGCGGGCAUCUUCGUCAAGAACAUCGUCGCGCACGUCGUCAACAACGGCGCCAUCGAUAAGACGUUCAAGCUCUUCAGCAAAGACGGCAGCGCGUCCGGGGGUUCCGUGCGGCUGCUCAUCGACUUCGAGCGGUUCCGCGACGCGAUCGUCGUCCCACCGGGCGAGAAGUUCGACAUCGACGCGCACAAGGUGAAAGAGGACGUCGCGGCGACGAAGCUGCAGAGCGCGUGGCGCGGGAAAAAGGCGCGCGACGAGCUUAGGCGCGUUGGGUCGGGCGGGGCGCUCCGGGCGCUGCUCGCGGUCGCGGCGGCGGCGGUCGUGGGCGGGCUCGCGUUCGUCGUCGCGAAGGGCGCGGAGGGCGGCGGGAGCGCGGUCGGGUCGAAGAGCGGCAAGGGGAAGAAGAAGUGA